AUGACACCCAGCGCACAAUAUUUUGCCUCGGGCUUUUCGCCUGUGCUCGUCCAUUUUCUUUCGUUUCUCUUUGCGUUGCCUCACACCUCGACAUCUUGCAGAACACGUUACAUCACGACAUACCUGAAAAACAUUCCUCCCCACGCAGGCCACCGACCUGAAACAAUGCGUGCUCUCUCCAUUCUCACCCUUACCACAGUGGCCCUGGCGGCCUCUGUCCCUGAUUUUCGCCAGGACAGUGAACACAUUUCGGGUUCUCAAAGGCGCCGGAGUGCGGAACCAGGCAACAUUCAACUCCACAAGACUGUGAUUCCCGACUGGGCAGACGACAUCUACCUGACACCCAGCCCGAAGGAACAUCUCGAUUCCGAGCGACUCCUCCUCCACCAGAGCAAUGUCAAAGAUAUUUCCAAGGAGCGCGACAGCCCGUCCAUCCGCGUCGACCCUGUCGAAGUGCACAUGUACACCGAGACAUAUCCAAGCCCUGGUGUAGAGAGAAACGUGGUUUCCGCCCGUGGUACCGUGUUCGAGCCCGAACCUAACAGCCUCGGGGGCAGGGUUCCAACAUGUACCCGAAAGGCUGGGAAGCUUCAUACACAGCGAAAGUGGUCAAUCGGCUACGAUCAUGACAACAAAUACAACGGGAUGCAUUGCGGGCAAUCGGUCCGUGUAGCGCUCAAGUCCUUCAAAAAGUGCAGGCCCACGACAGAUUGGACAUGCGUGCGCAAUGGAGAGCAGGGACUAGGCGGUGUGACCGUUGAGUUUCAUACUCCGCGGGGGUGUGAUGAUCGGAGAAUUCAUCAAGCAAUGAAGAAAGCUAGUGGGGGUCAGAUUGAUGUCUGGUGUCAACACAAAUAGAUCAUCCAGCAGUCAAGUAUGACAGUAGUUUUGCUGUCAGCUGCCCGAUAGGUCGAAUAGGUGGUAGGAAAUGAGUGACCACAAGGAGUCACCCCUGCCUAUAAUUGGGAGGGAAAGCAGCCAGAAAAGAGUAGUGACGAUUGGAUGUACCUUAUAGAAAGCUCCUAACGAAUAUAAUUUAUCAUGUAUGGAAG